CUCCAUACCUGCGGGAGGGGUGGGAUUGGCUGGGGCGGAGGGAGGAUGUGACUAAAAUAGACAUCCUGGGAGAGAGACAGAGACUGGAGCGGGUGAGAUAGAGGGGCAGGCAGAGAUACGGCAGGCAGAGACACACACACCCAGAAAACUGGUGAAUAUGAACCCUUUUUCCCUGGAAGAGAAAGGAGACCCCGGCGGCCCCCACAUCCUGCCCCCGCGCCUGGGCCGCCUCCGCUGAGGUGCAAAGAGGACUGCGGAUAGUCUCCGGCCCCAGCUACCCAGCUGAGGGGCGCGCGAGAGCCGGAGCGCGGAACCAGCAGGGGGCGUCCCCCAGCCGGGACCUCGGGCCUCGGACCCAGGACCGGUCGGCGCGCUCUCACCGCCAGGGGGCGCUGAGGGACUGCCCCGGCCCCCGCGCCCCUUCCCCAGCCGGGGCGGGCAGCGCAGCGGGGGUAACGGCCGCGCCGGGGGCCAUGCGGGGCCAGGCGCGAAAGGAGAGUCUGUCCGAUUCCCGAGACCUGGACGGCUCCUACGAUCAGCUCACGGGUCCCACAGAGCGGAGCCCGGCUAUGUUCUGCCCCGUAGAGAUUCCGCUCGUUCCCGGAGAAGGCGCGCCCUCGUGUGGCAGACGGGCCGCGCGCCAGACAGGAAAAGUCAAAAGUAAAAAUAGCGUAGAGGAUGAGUUUGAAUUGUCCACUGUGUGUCACCGGCCCGAGGGGCUGGACCAGCUGCAGGAACAGACCAAGUUCACCCGAAAGGAGUUGCAGGUCCUGUACAGGGGCUUCAAGAACGAGUGCCCCAGCGGCAUCGUUAACGAGGAGAACUUCAAGCAGAUUUAUUCCCAAUUCUUCCCUCAGGGAGAUUCCAGCACUUAUGCCACCUUCCUCUUCAAUGCCUUUGACACCAAUCAUGAUGGUUCUGUCAGCUUCGAGGAUUUUGUGGCUGGUCUGUCAGUGAUUCUUCGAGGAACCAUAGAUGAUAGGCUCAAUUGGGCCUUUAACCUGUAUGACCUCAACAAGGAUGGCUUCAUCACCAAAGAGGAAAUGCUGGACAUCAUGAAGUCCAUCUAUGACAUGAUGGGCAAGUAUACAUAUCCUGCCCUUCGGGAGGAGGCACCAAGGGAACACGUGGAGAGCUUCUUCCAGAAGAUGGACAGAAACAAGGAUGGUGUAGUGACCAUUGAAGAGUUCAUUGAGUCCUGCCAGAAGGAUGAAAACAUCAUGCGUUCCAUGCAGCUCUUUGACAACGUCAUCUAACUCAAUGUAGAGAAGGGUUGUCGUGUGCCAAGGGAAGCUCCUGAGCCUCCCUGCUCAGAUGGACCUCUCUCUUCUUUUCCCAGGUCUAUCUCCACACUUACCCCCCCCCAUCCUGUGUUUGCAGGAGCCCAGGCUAUCCACAGUGAUUUCUAGUACACUGUGACUCUUUGAGGUAUCUGGGUUUUGAGAUAAAAGGGGGUGGGGGUGGAGCUGGGAAACAAGGCAGAAUCCUCAAAUAGUGUUGGAGAUGUCCAUAUAGUCAGCCUAGGACUCCUAUCCGCUCCAUAUGAUGAGAACCCACUGCCCCUACCCUGGAGUUUGAUAUAGAAAUAAAGCUGCUCCCAUUCCCAUUCCACCUAUACAGUAGAAACCAAGAAUGCCCCUGCUAUGGUGCUUCCCCAAACCAACCAAUCUCACAGAGACCUCCCCACUGAGCACUCUCAGAGGAAUUUCUAAGAAAUCCUACUAGCAAGGAGGACCUUAGACCAUAGGCCAGAAUCAAAACUAGUCUGAGGUCUUCUGUAGUAGAUGUUAAAAAUGAGUCCAGAGAAUCUCUUAGCUUCCAGCUUCUGAGUCUGAACAUGAUUGGGAAUACUCUGGCUCUUAAAGGAGCUCUGCAUGAGAAGAUGAGCCUCCUUGGACAGGAGCCCGGGAUUCCAUAUACCUGUGUUGUCUGCCUUGAUUUUGUUCUGGGAACCCUCAUAUAUUUUCUCUUCUCCCUGUUUCCUUGUAUAUGAUGGUGGUGGGUGUAAGGCAGAGGAAGCUAGAGAUGGCAAAAGGCCUAGGAAUGAAUAGCCCCCACGCCAGAAUUCAUUGAGGUCCUUUCAUCUCUUACAUAUCCUGUCCUUCUGUCAGCUUUGCACAUUUUAGCAGGACCAACUAGUGGGACCAUUCCCUAAGUUCUAGGGGGAACUGCCAGAAACUGGGGAAGAGAGUGAAGGCCCUUCAGAAUCUGAGAUCCCAGAAUGAACACCAUCAGUCACAGGAUUAAGGAUGCCCAAAUGCUGUGUGUGGGGGGGAUUUCUGGAGCACUAUCAGAUGGGGGCCCUCACUACUACUGCCUGUCUAAGCCCUCUCCAGCACAGCUCAGCUGCUUCUUCCCCCAGCUCUGCACCUCCUUUUCUCUUUGAGAAGCCAGGGAAGCCCUGAUGUUCUCAGCGGAGAACUCUUAUUACCCCAUCCCACAACUCCUCACCAUUCCCCCUUCUGAUGGGGGGGUGGGGUGGGCUCUGCAAGCCCAGUCUCAGUGAGGUCUCUACCCUCUGGGUCUCUGCUCCACUUCUAGUGUCUCAACUAGUCCUUGGUAGCUCUACCUUCUCAGAGAUCUGAAGGGAUGGGGGUUAAUAGCCUCCUACCUCCUCUGUCUUGGGCUUGGUUGUGACUGCUUUGCAUUUUCAACUCUUGUGUAUAUUUUGUAAAAUAAGGAACCCAGAGAAUCCAAUAAAACACAAUGGCUAUGCAUA